AAGAGGUCGAGUGAUGGGCCGAGGAGGGCAAGCAGGCAUGGCGACGCUGGUGGCCGGCUCUUACGAGAAGUUUAUUUGGGGGUUCGCCUUCAAGCCGGAAACCCUAACCCUAAAACCCCUCUUCUCCUACCCCUCCCACAUCGGCCCCAUCAAGGCCGUCGCGACCGCCGGCACCGUCGCCGCGUCCGGCGGCUCCGACGACGCCAUCAAGCUCUACGACCUCGCCGCCGCCGCCGAGGUCGGCACCCUCCUCGAUCACAGCGGCGCCGUCACCGCCCUCGCUUUCUACGCCCCGGCCUCCUCCCCCGGCGGCCUCCCCCGCAACCUCCUCUCCGCCUCCGACGAUGGCGCCGUUUGCAUCUACGACGCCGACCCCUUCGUCCACCUUAAGACCGUCCCCACACAUCGCAAGGGCAUCGCCGAUCUCGCCGUCCACCCCACCGGCCGCGCCGCGCUCACGGUCGGCCGCGACGCCUGCCUCGCGCUGAUCAACCUUGUCAGGGGCAGGCGGAGCUUCUCGUGCCGGCUCGACCGCGAGGCCUCCAUCGUGAGGUAUGGGUGCGGAGACGGGGCGAGGUUCUUUAUGGUGGCAGACGAGAGGAUUACGGUGCAUGAUUCCGAGGAUGCGAGGUUGAUUCAGGAGAUGGACGGGCAGAAGAGGGUCCUUUGCGUAGCUCCUUCUGAGAAUGGAGUUUUGUUUACUGGUGGAGAGGACCGCAGCAUCACUGCCUGGGAUACAACAUCCGGGAAAGUUGCAUAUAGCAUCGAGGAUGCACAUUCAACACGUGUAAAAGGACUUGUUACUUUCAAGAAUGGAAAUGAUGCAGAAAGUUCUGAAGCAUCCAAUUUUAUUGUUUCUGCCUCAUCUGAUGGUGUCGUACGAGUAUGGGAUGCCCGCAUGACUGCCAAAGAGAAACCAAAUCCAUUGGCUGAGACUAACACAAAAUCCAGACUAACUUGUCUGGCUGGAUCAUUUAGAAAAUGACUGUUGACUCUGGACUGGUACUCUGGGGAAUUGAAACUUUGAUCCACUUUUCUUGCUUCCGGUUAGGGUUAGGUACAACAUUUUUUAUAUCGAGACUCUACAGGCGAAAAAUUUUCUCCUAGAAACAAUCAUUAUUUGAUACACUAGGCAAUGAGUGGCAAAGGAGGUCUGCUGAGUUGUGCUGUCUAAAAUGAAUUAUUUAACCUACUUUGCUUAUAGCAUUUAUGUUAAAGUCAAUGAAGUACUUAUUUAUUUGCAUCUGACAAUGAU